CCGGUUCUCAAGGAGCAGACAGAGCUCAAAAAAUGCCUUGAAAUGACAAGCAACGACUGCUCCAACACUUCUGGCCUCCUCCAUAGCUCACCCGAACUCGCCGAAACAAACUCACUGCUAUCCACCAGGAGCAGCAGCUCAUCCGACGACCUUGUCGUCGCCAUUCCACCACCACAGCCUACCCCUUCUCCAAUACCUCCUAUAGCCCCCGUCCCACGAACGCCCAACAGAGUACGGUUUGCGUUAGAUGAGGCCCCUGGUGACGAAGAGGAACAGAGGGUAGACGAUAGGAGUUGGACUAAUCAAGAGGACUUCCUGCACUCGGACGAGGAGGACGGAGAUGAGAGUAGGGGGGGGACCAGAGCUCCGCUGUUAACAGGGAUAGAAGCCCCGUCUGUUACCGUCGCAAAUGACUUUGAAUUUGAGGAUCUACUAGAGAAUGCACGGCCAAAGAGCGGCAUGCGGAUGGCUUUCAUGAACAUGGCAAAUAGUAUUAUUGGCGCUGGGAUCAUUGGCCAACCGUAUGCAUUCCGGCAAGCUGGGCUUGGGAUGGGUAUAUUCCUUCUCGUAGCUUUAACAAUUACAGUCGACUGGACAAUCAACCUGAUUGUAAUAAAUUCCAAGUUGAGUGGCGCAAAUUCUUUUCAGGCGACAGUGAGCGCAUGCUUUGGAAGGCCGGGCUUGAUUGCUAUAUCGGUUGCGCAAUGGGCAUUUGCCUUCGGUGGCAUGAUUGCCUUUUGUAUUAUCGUGGGCGACACAAUACCUCACGUUAUAUCUGCAUUGUUUCCGUCGCUGGAGGGCGUGCCUAUUCUGGGUUUGUUGACGGACCGCCGGGCGUGUAUUAUCAUAUUCAUUUUAGGGAUUUCAUACCCGUUGUCACUAUAUAGGGAUAUUGCAAAGCUGGCCAAAGCGAGUGCUAUGGCACUCGUCAGCAUGCUUGUCAUCAUCUUGACUGUGGCCACUCAAGGCUUCAGAGUACCUCCUGAGAACAAAGGUGGUUUCAGUAAAUCAUUGUUAACAGUCAAUGACGGAGUAUUCCAAGCAAUUGGUGUAAUAUCAUUCGACCACAACAGUCUCCUCAUCUAUGGAUCCCUCAAAGAGCCUACAUUGGACAGAUUUGCCCGAGUAACACACUACUCGACGGGAAUCUCCAUGGUGGCUUGCCUCCUCAUGGCCGUGGCCGGCUUCCUUACAUUCGGUGACAAGACUGCCGGAAACGUCCUAAACAACUUCCCAACAAACAACAUAAUGGUCAACAUUGCCAGAUUCUGCUUCGGCCUAAACAUGCUCACAACCCUUCCCCUGGAAGCCUUCGUCUGCCGCGAGGUGAUGGAAACCUACUACUUCCCCGGCGAGCCCUUCAACAUGAACCGCCACUUGAUAUUCUCCUCCGCACUAGUAGUCUCUGCGAUGGCGCUGUCACUAAUGACUUGCGACCUCGGCGUCGUGUUCGAGCUUAUCGGGGCUACGUCUGCGUGCGCACUCGCGUAUAUCCUGCCACCGCUGUGUUACAUGAAGCUUGCGUCGCGGUCAUGGAGGACGUAUGCUGCCGGUGCGACGGUAGCAUUCGGAGUUGUGGUCAUGACGACCUCGGUGUUACAGAGCGUUUAUAAGAUAAUUUCGGGGAGCGGGGGGCCGACGACUUGUUAGGAGAGGAAAUGGUUAUUGGGUUCUUGAGUUCUUGGGAUUGGAUUCUGGAGUGUAUGCAUAGAGUAAUCAAACGGUGCUUUGUGCUUGAGAUAUCAUGUAGUUUUUUUCUUUUUUUCUCGGGGGGGGUAGUCUGCGCUGUACGAUACUAGAAUUCUAUCCUUUUCAUU